AUGGGCGAUAUCCCCAAGAAGCGUCAGAGGAAAGCUGUAAACUACGCAAAACUAGAUGGGAACAGUGAUGAAGACUUUUUUGAUGAUAUUAGUCCUCCAAAAAAGAUGUCUAUGAAAGCGAAAGUCUCCCUAGACGAAGAAACCUGGAAACCAGACGAUGGUAUAUAUGAAAUAAAAAGCAAAGUUCCGAAAAAUAAACCAAAAGAGAAGAGCAAAAAUAAAGACAUAACCGCAAUAAAUAUUUCAAAAUCAGUUGUGCAUAGGGAAGUCAUAUCCACUUCCCGUCCCAAGUCUUCAUCUGUCUCCGAGUCCACUAGCGUCUCUUGCAAAAGCUUGGCACCUGCCUCAAUAGACCCAUUGACUUCUCCUAAAUCAGAUAAACUCGUUAAUGUUGUUUCAUUUGAUUCCUCAACUGUGUCGCCUCCACUUAGUCGUGCAAGCUUACCGACCCCGUCUGCUCGCGCAAACGCGUUGACGCCACCUACUCAUUCUCCCCUGUAUCCAGUUACUCCCAACAGUGGUCUACGGUUAGGCUUAUCUAGAAGAGGUUUGCUCAAAUCUCUUCAUUCCAAUAUACGCAUCACAAGAUAG